AUGGAGAACUUUGAGAUACUGCGCCCCGUUGGCCGAUUGGAACAAUAUUCAACGUCACGCCACCAAGUUGGAUUUUAUCUCAACGUGGCCGUGUCAGCAACAUAUUUCCUACCAAAAUCAUAUGUCCUGCCUAUCAAAGACUAUGUAUACCAGGCAUGCGAGGCCGCAAUCGCAGAACAUCCGUCGCUAUCUGCCAUCGUGGCAGACGAUCACACACAAGAGCCCUAUUUUGUGCGAUUGCCACGGAUCGAUCUUGACCAAGUCGUCUCCUUUCAGGACCGGAAGCCAGGCUUGUUGGGUACUGAAGCCAAUGGCGAGCCAGCACCAGAUCUUGACCUGCAAACCCUACUUGCGACCCAGCACAACACGCCAUUCAAGACACCAGGGGCGUUCUGGAGACUCGGUGUCCUCAUUAAUAUAGAAGAUGAGCGGCAAUUUACCGCAGCGUUUGUAUAUCACCACGCCAUUGGCGAUGGAACCUCAGGGAAAGCCUUCCACCACACUUUCCUACGAGCCAUGGGGGCGAUGACUUCAGCGGAGCAAACCAAAUCAAUCAUCAAGCCACCGCAUAUCCCCCUCUUGCCAACCAUUGAGCACAUGCACUCACAGCCCCUAUCUCUAUCCUAUCUCGCGAAGAAAUUCUUCCAGGCAAGGAUCUAUUCUCGACGACCCUCGGGUCUAUGGACCGGCUCCAAGAUCACGGGCCCCUCUCAAACCCGUCUGCGGCUCGUGCCAUUCUCCAAGCUACUAGUCACCACAGUAAGAAACAGUUGCCGAGAAGAAGGCACAACGAUCACCGCACUUCUGCAGACGAUCGUCGCCCGCUCUAUCUUCGCACACAUCCCCACCAGAUUCACGCGGCUCGCCUGCUCUGGCUCACUCUCAAGCCGGCGCUGGUUACCCGGCAUUACGGACCAGUCGAUGGGCGUCUGGGUUCAGGACUACGAAGAGAGCUAUUCCAGGUCAGCUGUCUUACCGGCUAUCAACUCCUUCCCAUGGGAUGAGGCCAGGCGCUCCCGCAAGACGAUUCAGUCUGUCCUAAGUAUGAAAGGCAAAAAUACUACCACGAGUCUGUUGCAGUUUGUCGAUGAUUACCAGCAGGAACUCUGUUUGUCUAGGAUCGGCAAGGAGCGCGAUAGGAGCUUUGAGGUGUCGAAUAUUGGGGUGAUGAUCCUGGAAUCGGAUACCGAGAUGCCUUCUAUCGCUGGAGUGGUAUUCUCACAGUGCGCUAGUGUGAUGGGCAAUGCCAUUGAGGUUUCUGCUGCUACCGGUGCUGAUGGAUGUUUGUCGUUGGCUAUCUCAUGGCAGCAAGGCGUUGUGGAGGCGGAUCUCAUCAAUGAGAUGGUUGAAUCGAUUAAGCAGGACUUAUACUCUUUCGACACGGUUUGA